CGGCCGCGGGAGAGGCGUCCACAGCGGCGGCGGCUGGGGCAGCGGCGGACCGGCGGCGGAGCAGGGCGGCGGCGACUCGGGAUUAUCACUCACCAGGGACAGAGAAACCACAGGACUCUCAGGGGCCACAGCCCUGAUCUGGGGAGCCAGACUUGUCUUGGCGGAACAGCUGCUCAUCUGGUUCAUUCCAUCAGCCUGGAUUGGUGACUCCGAGUCUCGGGAGAGAUCUCCAGGCUUGCUGGGAUGGGAAACCUGCUCAAAGUCCUUACCAGGGAAAUUGAAAACUACCCACAUUUUUUCCUGGAUUUUGAAAAUGCCCAGCCCACAGAAGGAGAGAGGGAAAUAUGGAACCAGAUCAGCGCCGUGCUCCAGGAUUCCGAGAGCAUCCUUGCAGACCUGCAGGCGUACAAGGGCGCGGGGCCAGAGAUCCGAGAUGCCAUCCAAAAUCCCAAUGACAUUCAGCUUCAGGAAAAAGCUUGGAAUGCAGUAUGUCCUUUGGUCGUGAGACUGAAGAGAUUUUAUGAGUUUUCCAUCAGGCUAGAAAAAGCUCUUCAGAGUUUAUUGGAAUCUCUGACCUGUCCACCCUACACACCAACCCAGCACCUGGAGCGGGAGCAGGCCCUGGCCAAGGAAUUUGCGGAAAUUCUGCAUUUCACCCUUCGAUUCGAUGAGCUGAAGAUGAGGAACCCAGCUAUUCAGAAUGACUUCAGCUACUACAGAAGGACCAUCAGUCGCAAUCGCAUUAACAACAUGCAUCUAGACAUUGAGAAUGAAGUCAACAAUGAGAUGGCAAAUCGAAUGUCCCUGUUCUAUGCAGAAGCCACGCCGAUGCUGAAAACCCUCAGCAACGCCACCAUGCACUUUGUCUCCGAAAACAAAACCCUGCCAAUAGAGAACACCACAGACUGCCUCAGUACGAUGACAAGUGUUUGUAAAGUCAUGCUGGAAACUCCGGAAUACAGGAGUAGGUUUACCAGUGAAGAAACGCUGAUGUUCUGCAUGAGGGUCAUGGUGGGGGUCAUCAUCCUCUACGACCACGUGCACCCCGUGGGAGCUUUCUGCAAGACAUCCAAGAUCGAUAUGAAAGGCUGCAUAAAGGUUUUGAAGGAACAGGCCCCAGACAGUGUGGAGGGGCUGCUGAAUGCCCUCAGGUUCACUACAAAGCACUUGAAUGAUGAAUCGACUUCCAAACAGAUUCGAGCGAUGCUUCAGUAAAGCCUUGCUCAGUGAAGAGGAUCUUUGAACUGACCUCAGAAGAUGUAUAUGUUUACAUAAUUUAAUACAGAUUGAUGUUAAUACUUGUGUAUUUACAUAACCGUUCCCUUCUUGUCACUGAAAUAUAUGGACCUUAAUUUGUA